UGCAGCAUUAGUGCAAAAACCAAGUGUUUAUUUUCAAAAUUCUGGAAAGGUGGAUGUGUACAACACCUUUAAAGUAAGACAUUUUUUUUUUCUUAAAAGUACAAUUUAGUGUAGGAUUGUUAUCUGGCAAGUAACGACGAUCAGUUAUAUAGUACAUCACAUUCUGAAUUCUGUAUUCUGAUUGUUCAAUGGGUGUUAAUUAAUCUUCUAUAGCAGUAGCUCUGACAGUAGUGCUUCAUUAAUACUUCAUUGUUUCUGUAGUUGUAACACGUACGCAGCAACUUGUAUGUCUGGUGAAAAUUACAUGAUAUUGGAAUCAAGAUUCUCACCAAUGUGAAAAUAAGGAAACCUUGUAUGAAUGGUUUGUGGUUAAGUGCAGCGACGCGACUCAUGUUUGACGAUUUUGAGGCCAAAGAAUCCAUUUCAAUUGCCUCAAGUUCAAAUCAACCACUUGUUACCAUCCACAAAUAUUUCCCAGAGACAUGGAUCUGGGAUCUCGUUUCAGUCAGUCAAUCUGGAGCACUGACCAUUAGUAAAACCGUCCCAGACUCCAUCACUAAAUGGCAGGCUGGCUCAUUUUGUACAUCACCUGUUGGGUUCGGACUUGCCCCGAAAACUACUCUCAAAGCCUUCCAGCCUUUCUUUGUCACUCUCACCGUGCCGAACAACGUCAUCCUAGGAGAAGUGUUCACCCUUAAAGCCACCGUCUUCAACUACCUCCACAGCUGUAUAGUGGUGAAGGUGACUUUGGCCAACUCACAAAAGUUCUCAGCGAACAAGUGUAACGGCUGCCAGUACACAAAAUGUCUGUGUGCUGAUGACAGCCGGACCUUCUCUUGGACCAUCACACCACUGGUUCUGGGGGAGGUGAGCAUCAGUGUGACAGCGGAAGCUGUGCAGUCGUUGAAUCUGUGUGGGAAGAGACCAGUUACUGUACCACAGAAAGGACGCAUCGAUUCGGUUAUUAAAAAACUGCAAGUGCUGGCUGAAGGAACCAAACAGUUUAAAAGCUACAAUGAGCUUCUCUGCCCAUCAGAUGUGGUUGAGAAGACGGUCUCACUAACCCUGCCUAAGAAUGUUGUGGAUGGUUCGGCCAAGGCCUCAGUCUCUGUGCUGGGAGAUCUGAUGGGCCGAGCUCUACAGAACCUGGCGAGUCUCCUUGCGAUGCCGUACGGUUCUGGAGAGCAGAACAUGCUGCGCUUCGCCCCUAACAUCUUCAUCCUGCAGUACCUGGAGAGCACCAACCAGCUCACGCCCCAGAUCAGGAGCACAGCCCUGACCUACCUCGUGAGCGGAUAUCAGAGAGAACUGACCUACAAACACAAUGAUGCAUCUUACAGUGCUUAUGGGAUGGACGAUGCAUCGGGGAACACAUGGCUGACGGCGUUCGUGAUGAAGUCUUUUGGACAUGCGAGGAGAUACAUCUUUAUAGAUCAGGUGUUUGUGAAUCAGGCGAAGGCCUGGCUCGGUCAUCGGCAGCAGCGUAACGGAUGCUUUGCCUCAGUAGGACAACUCUUCCACACUUCCAUGAAGGGAGGGGUGAAUGAUGAGGUGACCCUCUCUGCGUACAUCAUAGCUGCAAUGCUGGAACUCAAUUAUACAAUUACAGAUCCUGUGGUGAAGAAGGGUCUUAGCUGCCUGAGGAAUACGUACACUCAGGUGAACGCCACCUACGCCAAGGCUCUCCUCUUCUACACGUUCACUCUAGCUGGAGAUCAGGCGAUGAGGAACACCCUCAUUUCACAGCUGAAUGCAAAGGCCAUAUUCUCAGGAGGCGGGAGGUACUGGAGCAGAGUGAAUAAUGGGUCUGUGACGGACUCUUUGGAGGUGGAGAUUACCUCGUAUGUGCUUCUGGCUCUGAUGUCUGGACCCCAGCUGUCCGGGUUUGGUCUGGGCUACAGCUCCAGCAUCGUCCGUUGGCUUUCUCAGCAGCAGAACGCCUUCGGGGGCUUCUUCUCUACACAGGACACUGUCGUGGCUCUCCAGGCUCUGGCGAAAUACAGUCUCGCCACCUACAGUCCAGCAGGAGGUGUUAAUGUUACUAUAACAUCACCAUCAGGGGUGAUUACCACGUUUACCAUCAAUCAGAGUAACAGGCUGCAGUAUCAGAAGAGCAAGCUGCAGGAGGUUCCUGGAGAUUACAACGUCAAAGCAAAAGGGAAAGGCUGUGUGUACGUGCAGUUCACUUUGCGCUACAACAUCCCUCCUCCUCCUGACCGCUCUUCAUUCAUCAUCUCGGCCUCAGCGUCUGGAAUCUGCAGGGUCCCAAAUCAACCUCUGGAAGUGACCAUUACUGUCAAGUAUAACGGUCAGCGUUUGGAGACCAACAUGGUGAUCAUCGAUGUCAAGCCUCUUUCAGGAUUCAGGGUGGACACGACGUCUGUGCAGCUUGUGAACAGCAAUUCAAACUCAAAGAAUGGAGUUGUGAAACGCGUGGAUCAAAUUGGGUGCAAUGCAGUUAUCUACCUGAAUAAACUGCGAAAAGGAGAGGAGAAGGUGUACACCCUGACGAUCCCGCAGAGGGCUCCAGUGGAGAAACUGAAACCAGCUGUUGUGAAGGUUUACGACUACUACGAGACCAGGGAGAAAGCUGCAACUGAGUACACCUUUCCAUGUCCAGUUCUGUGAAAGUUUGUACAUGAUCUGAGCAAGAGCCCAGAAAGAGGUUUUUUCCCCCCUAUUUGACUCAUUUUUAUGGGAAUUCUCUGGGUAGCUUACAGUUAUCAAUAUAUCAGAGCCUUUACAUUUCACAAAAGUUCAGUAACUCAUUAAUAGUGUGUCUGAUUUUUCUCUCUUCUUGUCAUUAUGCUGAACUUCAAUAAUCAAGAUAUAGUCGGUGAUAAGAAAGGUGUCUAUUUCUCUUUAAUAUAUAAUCUACUCUAUAAAUAAUUUAUAGAUGUAAUGUCACUCAACAAAACCAUUUAUAUGAGGUGCUGACAAAAAUGUUGAGAUAGAAAUCCAAAUCAGUAUAAUCAUUUUGUUCUGAUGAACUUGGAAGAUGACAAAUUGCCUAAAGUAAUUGCACUUAUAAACUAAACAUGAUUUAUUUGCUUUAACUGAUCAAACAGCAUAACGUGAAUGUAGCGUUUCCAUCAAAAUCCAUUUCUUUUUCUUCAGGUUCUGUAUAUCUUCUUUAGAUUUUGUAACAUUAGACCAUGUCUAAACACUAAAACCGGUGAAAUCAUAUUUAACAUCUCUGUAUUUGUUGAUUUUGUCCACAAGGUGGCAGAGUUUGAAUUUUACAAUUCAGAACCUUAUGCCUCUCAUGUCUCUCGCAUUAAAAACUGAUCUAAAUCUGAACAUGCUAACUGCUGCAUGUGAUGAUGUCAUAUGCCAUGAGCUAACAAAUAAAAGAAAAAAAUAAUUAAAUAUACCAAUAAAAUUUUCAACUGCACUGA